AAGUUAUUGCAGUCCACAAGCGGAGUCAGUGGGGGAAAGGAAUCCCCCGCACGAGCCUUCUCAUUCCCCUCUUUACUUUUCUCCUAUUUUCUUUUUGCAACCCUUCUUCUUCUUCUUCUUCUUCUUCUUCUUCCGAAUGAAACGUAACAGAAGAGAAGUUUGGAUCUUUCUCUUCCAGUAGUCCUUUCUCCAGUGUCAUUUUCUCAUAUAUACUCCCCUCAAGGUCACCAAAGCACUACAAUUUCUCUGUCCCCCCAUCAUCUACUACCGUCUACAUUCAUCUCUCUCUCUCUCUCCAAGAGCCCUCAUCUCUAUCCUAGGAGAGAACUAGGACUGAAACAAAUUCGUUCUUCUGUUGCUUCGUUUUCUCUCCUUUGUUCUCUCUAAACUAGCUAAACUGGUCCUUCUUCCUAGACCUAGGAGCACUACAUGCUCCUUUGUUCUUUAGCACUCCUCAUAUCUAUCAGCUAAGUAGCGAACAGAUACAGCACAGGCUCCAAAUCCUCACUGUCCCUCUUAGGUCUGCUUCACCCCUAGGAAAACAAGAUCCUUUCUGCACUUGGCCUCCAUCUAUUAGCUCUUCUGUUAAGCAACAGAAGAGAGAGUUUUUUUCCGCCCCCUUCCCUCCCUCUCUUUCACCCUCUCUUCUUAUCUCUGAAUCACUUUUAAUACAUUUACUAGGAAGUGACAGCUAGAGUGGAUCUAAAUGUGCAAUUGCAGUCGGCCAUCCAGCAGGGAAGUAGUAGAAAAGUAAACAGAAAGGAGGAGAGGGAAUAGAAAUGCCAGUCGAAGAGGUCCUCAUGGAAGCUAUCUCCACCUCGUCGCCGGAUCUCUCCUUGCACAUCAGCCCCCCGAACGCUGCUUCCUCCUCCUACGCCGACGCGGGAAUCGGCGCUGACCACGACAAGCUUCACCGGGAGAUCCGCGCCGUCGAGUGGCACACAGGCGGCGGAAACGAGGCGUACACCGAGCUCUCGCUCUCCUAUCCUUCGGCUGUGUCGGAGGCCGAGAGCCCGUGGCGGCAACAGAGGUUAUCGGUGCAAAGGUCGCCGCUGCCAUUCGACCACUGCCACAGCAACCAGCGGGCGCUCGAGGGCUUGAUGGAUGGCUCGAGGCCGAUCAAAGGCAUCCCGAUCUACAACAACAGUCCCUUCCCUUUCCUCCAUGUCGAUCCCAAGAUUGGGAUAUACAACCAGGUCUCAUCCUAUUCUCCUCAAUUGCCCUCCUCCCUGUGCUUGUCAUCGUCACCCUCUCCACCGACCUGCUCCCCGCCAGCCUCAUCGUCCAAUUUGGGGACGAUCGCGUCGUCCUUCUUCAACCCGGUCGGCGGUGUCUCGGGAUACCAUCGACUGCCCACUCCGCCGACGAGGCUCAACGGACUCUCAUCACCCGACCUAUUGAUCAAGAACCAGCAACAGCAGCAGCUCUUCCACCCCCAGCAACAGCACUACCACUACAACAACCAGUAUGGCAUCGGAUCGUUCGAGGCCUCGCACAACAUGAUGAGGUCCAGGUUCAUGCCGAAGCUCCCAGCGAAGCGCAACAUUCGCGCACCGCGAAUGCGGUGGACCAGCACGCUCCAUGCGCGCUUUGUCCAUGCCGUGGAGCUCCUCGGCGGCCAUGAGAGGGCAACCCCCAAGUCAGUGCUGGAGCUCAUGGAUGUCAAAGACCUCACUCUCGCUCAUGUCAAGAGCCAUUUGCAGAUGUAUAGAACUCUGAAGACCACUGACAAGCCCCCAGGUCAAUCGGAUGGCUCCGGUGAAGAAGAUUUCGCUGCAGGGAACCCCGAUCUUAACUUCCGACAACUCAUGGAGCAAAGAGCGUCGGAUGGGACUAAACCAACUCAAGAUUUGGACUUCCCUCCCAGCAUUACCAACACCACUUCUCGAUGGAGUAACUCAUCAAGCAGAAGUGCAUGGGAGCAACCGAGUGCAGGUGAUGGAAUUCGGCCAUCAGAGUUCUCCUCUGAUAUUGAGGAUGGAGAUACUUAUCGAUCCAAUGCUUCACAAGUAGCUCAUCUAGAACACAAAAACCCUAGUUUGGAGUUUACAUUAGGGAGACCGGACUGGGAUGCGACGGAGCACGUUUGAUGCUAUGCGAUAGGGUGAGUUGAUAUGUUGGUCCACUGUUACUGCUACAGGGAGACGAAGAGGUACGGAGGUUUACAUGGAUCAGUAAGCGUGAAGAUAGACUGAAGCAAUGUAACUCCUGCUGUACUACGAAUUCUUCUCUUUUCCUUUUCUCUUUUUGUGUGAACACUUUAGUCGUGUGCAUGGGAUGACUAAAGCUGAAGUAGUUGGUGAUGGUAGGAAGCUGUCAUUUACAUGCACGAGGAAAAGUAAAGCUGUUCUUGUGAGGCAAGAGCAUCAUAUUCUUGCUUUCCUCGUUUCCAGAAUGUUGUCAAUGGUCGAAUGUGAAAUCUUUGAUCUACGUAUG